UUCCUGCACCCACAAACCCUCUGCACUGUCUCGCGCAAACACUCCCAGCCUAACACACGCAUACACACAUCCGCUUUAGCUCUAUUAUCCCGCGGAUUGCGGGAGGCUCCGUUCGAUCUGCGGGACGUAUUUUUGGAUCUGAGAACACGCAAACACACAGAGACCCGGUCCAGCUGUCCAGCGGCUCGGCUGUAGAGCAGCAUGUCGGAGCGCGGAGGAGGGCUGCCGAGGAGCGGAGGCGCGCCGUGUCCGUCUCCGCAGCCCUCCAAGCCGGUGGCGAUCACCUCCAACCGCCCGGUGCACAUGAACCUGUAUGCCACCUGGGAGGUGGACCGCUCCUCUCCGAGCUGCGUGCCCAGACUCUUUAAUUUGACGCUGAAGAAGCUGGUGAUGCUGAAGGAGCUGGAUAAAGAUUUGACGUCUGUGGUCAUCGCCGUUAAACUCCAGGGGUCGAAGCGAAUCCUCCGCUCCAACGAGAUCUUAUUGUCUUCAGCAGGACUGACAGAAACAGAUCUACAGCUCACAUUCUCUCUGCAGUAUCCUCACUUCCUGAAGCGUGAUGCCAACAAACUCCAGAUCAUGCUGCAGAGGAGGAAGCGCUACAAGAACCGCACCAUCCUGGGCUACAAGACCCUGGCACUGGGGCUCAUCAACAUGGCCGAGGUGAUGCAGCACCCUACAGAAGGAGCUCAGGUUCUGGGUUUACACAGUCAGCUGAAGGACGCAUCAGUUCCUGUGGCCGAGGUGCGAGUUUACUCUCUCUCCAGCCAACCGAUCGACCACGAGGGACCUAAAGCCAAGAUGAAUGAUCGUUCACCAGACAUCGACAACUACUCUGAGGAGGAGGAAGAGAGUUAUUCAUCAGAGCAGGAGGGGAGUGAUGAUCCGGUUCAUGGACAGUAUCUCUAUGACGACGAUGAUGAAGUGAGAAAGAAGAAACCUCGACGUAAACUGGCAUCAGGGGCUGCCAUCACUCGACAACCCAACAUCAAGCAGAAGUUUGUGGCCCUGCUGAAGAGGUUUAAAGUUUCAGACGAGGUCGGGUUCGGGUUGGAGCACGUCUCACGAGAGCAGAUCCAGGAGGUGGAGGAGGACCUGGAUGAGCUCUACGACAGCCUGGAGAUGUACAACCCGAGCGACAGUGGUCCAGAGAUGGAGGAGACCGACAGCAUCCUGAGCACACCUAAACCUAAACUCAGGCCGUUCUUCGAGGGAAUGUCGCAGUCCAGCUCUCAGACGGAAAUCGGCAGCCUGAACAGCAAAGGAAGUCUGACCAGAGACCCCUUCAGCCCGCAGGGGGAGCAGCCUCCAUCUGACAAGAUGAAACACUCACGCAGCCGCAACCUGGACGAGACGACGACCGAGCCGGACAUUUCGGAGGUAAAUGAUCAGGAGCUGUUCCCGGAGGUGGCACCUUCCAUUACUGUGUCUGUGGCUGAAAAACCACGUACACCACUGAAGAGCAGCAAGAGUGAGGGACAAACCAUGCCUUCUCCCAGGUUGGACGGGACACACACACCCCGGCAGAAACGCAGCACUCCAAUGAAAGAGCGGCAGCUCUCUAAACCGCUGAGUGAACGAACCAACAGCUCAGACAGUGAGAGGUCACCUGAACUAGGACACAGUACACAGGUCCUCAGGAAAGCUGUGUAUGAUCAGUUGAAUCAGAUUUUGUUGUCUGAUGCGGCGUUACCGGAGAGCCUCAUCCUUGUUAAUUGCACCGAUUGGCAAGGCCAGUAUGUAGCAGAGCAGUUACAGGUUCAGAAGCAGCCGGUGGUGUGUACGUGUUCAUCAGCAGAGAUUCAGGCUGUUCUCUCAGCAGUACUGACACGCAUCCAGAAGUUCUGUAACUGUAACUCGUCCAUGCCGCGGCCGGUGAAGGUAGCAGUAGUCGGAGCUCAGAGUUAUCUGGGAGCGAUCCUGCAGUUCUUCGUCAGUCAGUUGGCUAAUAAGACGUCUGAUUGGCUGAACCACAUGCGCUUCCUGGUGGUUCCUCUGGGUUCCCACCCUGUUGCUAAGCACCUGGGUGCCCUUGACAACCGCUACAGUUCAGUUUUCCUGGAUGGAGCGUGGAGAGAGCUGUUUAGUCGCCCAGAACCUCCACAGUCAGACAUGUUGGACGUAGGGGGUCGUAUCGCCCAGUACAUCAGCGGAGCGUCUCUGACCCACCAGCUCCCCAUCGCUGAGGCCAUGCUGACCUGCAAACACAGGACGCGGGAGGAAGAUUCCUAUCAGAAGUUCAUCCCUUUUAUCGGCGUUGUGAAAGUGGGGCUGAUUGAGCCGGGGCAGGCGUCUACAGGUGAUGCUGAAGAGGGUGUGUCUGUGAAUUUGGCUGUUCCCUCUACGUCUCCGCCCACUCACGGAUCCCCAGCCAGUCUUAAAGAGACAGCCACACCCCCUUCCUCACCUUCUAUGGGUGCUGUUUUAGCUGUACAGGGGAGCCCCAGCAUGUCUCACGGCGUGGACGCUAUCGGUCUGCAGGUGGACUACUGGCUGGCGUCUCUGGCCGAGAAGCGGCGUGAGGGCGAGAGGAGAGACACGGCCUGUAAGAACACUCUGAAGAGCGCCUUCAGGUCCCUGCAGGUCAGCCGUCUGCCUGGAGCCAGCGCCAGCGAACCCCACGCCCCCGUCAACACCAUGUCCAUGACCGUGGUCACCAAAGAGAAGAACAAGAAAGUGCCAACCAUUUUCCUGGGGAAGAAGCCAAAAGAGAAGGAGGUGGACUCGAAGAGUCAGGUGAUCGAGGGCAUCAGUCGCCUCAUCUGCUCAGCCAAGCAGCAGCAGACUAUCCUGAAAGUGUCCAUUGACGGUGUUGAAUGGAACGACGUGAAGUUCUUCCAGCUGGCGGCACAGUGGCCGACGCACGUGAAGUACUUCCCAGUGGGACUGUUCGGUUACAGCAAACCGCCCUCCUAAGAACCGCCCACUCAUCCUCUAAGCUCCGCCCCUUCACCCCCCACUGCAGCAGUCACCCCAUUGCACACAGCUGUAGCAGGGCUGUAAGAGGGAACCUGCCUAAAUGUUCAUAUCCUUUCAGACAGGAGGUGUGUGGGCUCGCGUGUGGGACGGACGUGUGGGAGUGGCUCAGAUGGACUUUAUACAGCGCUAGUCACUUUUAUUUCCAGAAAGAAAAGUCCUCAUGCACCAGUAGUGUGGGACGAGCACAAAAACGGUAGACGCCUUCAGUCUACCAAUAAUCAUAUACUUGUUACAGAGCAUGAUGAAACCAGACAAAUCCAAAAAAUAAUGACCCCCUCACUUGACCUAACGACCCCGUGAUCAGAGAUUUAACUGAACCAGCAAACGGUGUUGAGCUCUGAUCUGCAUGUUUUAAACUACGACACCCGCAAUCCACUAGAAACGUUAGUGUUAUUAUGCAACUUAUUCUGUACUUGUGCAUGUGUUGAGCUGCGCGACGCGUGCAGCUGCAGUUAGCCACUGGAAGCUAUGCCUUUUUCCACAUCAGUUCAGUUAGAAGCUUAGGAUUAGCAGUGAAGUGGUUGCUGUGUUCAUGGACUCUGUGAGUUUUCACUUAUUUUGUACAUAAAGUAGGCUUUUGCGUCUUAGCUUUCAGUUAUGAGUAAUUACUGAAAAGUGGCCUUUUUAGAACAUGUAGCUCAAUUAAGGGUUUUAUUAUUAUUAUUAUUAUUAUUAUUAUUAUUAUUUCCUUUAUGAGCCAUUUCUCCAAAGAUCACACUGGCCAAUCCGAAUGUAAACCUGACCGAAUGUAAAAAAAAAAAAAAAAAAAAAAAAAGUCACAGAAAGUCAGUGUGGUUGCUACGGCAACGACCAGCACGUCAUUUAUCUCCUGCAAACGCUACAUUCUGAGGGGAAACUGCGCUCACAUCACGUCACGUCACACACCUCAUUUCGGAUUUAAGGCUGAUGUCCAGCUCGCUCGAAACUGUCCGUCAGCCGGCGCCGCUCUCCCGAGCGUCCUCUGCAGAACGUGCCACAUUUUUUUGCUGGGCUGGAUCCCCUGAUGGUCGUUGAAAGCUAUGCACUUUCAUUAACGCUCACGCGUAUCACACACAUUUACUUGUGAAGCACAAAGUCUGAGGUUCAUCGAACCCCUUUAACGCAAACCGUGAAUGAACAGGAUCAUUGGCAGUGAGCAAGCAGUCCCUGUCAGUGUAAAUGAUUCAUUUAAAGGGAUAUUUUCUCUCUCUAUCUCACACACACACAAACACACCAGUGUGAUUCUUCAUCAUGAACGUUCACAGUUUGGAAGUGGGAAGAUUUUACGGAGCAUUAAGCCGGCGCUAGAAGUGAAUGAGUGAUCACAUGACAUGUUGAUGAAAUGCCUCCUCUCGCUUUAAAUCUCCGCUGAAAAUCCUGAAGCCUGCUCUGCAUUCAUCCAGGCAAAAUAUUUGAGCUUGAGAGCUGAUUUAAGUGUGUUAUUAUUUAAAGGUGCAUCAGUCAAGACUGUUCAUAUCAAGUCCAACCGAUGUGGGAAACUUGCCUUUCAAACUGGAAUUUUAAAAAACCUCUAUAUAUGUAUAUUAUUGUCAGUCGUUUUAUAGACACACCCCCUUCACAUCCUCUUAAAUCAUUAUACGGAGAAGUUUAUGGAGGUGUAACUCUAGAUAGUGUUUGGAGGCGGGGCUUUGUGUACAUGGGUCGAAAUGGGGGCGGGCUCAAAAACAAUCCCAUUCCGUGCAAUUCUAAUUCCGUUCAGCUUUGUCCAUUUAAUCGUUAAGUCUAUUUUUUAUUAAUCUUACCUAAUGCACCUUUAAAUAUUAAAUACAGCUUGCUCUUGGUCUCAGGAUGCUGGAUGUAUGUAAUCCUGAGAGGCUGAUUGUGUUGUGAUGAUGCACUGGGUACAAGCUACACUACGCAGCGUUAUACGCUUUACACUGUACCACUUUUUGGCCUUAUUUUGCUUUUGCAGACGAAAAUCAUGUUCUGUCUGUCAGCUGUUACUCUAUACUUACUCUAUAGAGUAAUUCUUUUCUGGUGUGACAACAGACACUCACCUGAAAGCCACUGAUAGGAAGCCGGAUUAUACAAAAACAUACAGGACAAGAGUUUUAUUUGAGCAAGCAAUCAGUCGCACAGCUGACAGACAGAAAAAUCCAUAAAACUAUGAAAUAAUAAUAAUAAACAUUUUGUUGUCCAAAUCUGAGUAAAAUAAACCUAUGUCUUGUUCCACUGGCAGAUCAUUUAGCCUCUUUCUAGAAAUCACUGCUAAAAAAUGAGCAAAACAGUCUGCUAAUAGAACACUUUCAAGCUUCAAAAAUAUGUCUAGAAAUAUGUUUAAUAAUCGUAGUUUAUUGGAUUAUCAGAUUCAAUAUAGUUUAAUUUUUCCCAGUGUUUGAAAUCAAUCAUCUUCCAAUCAUCUUUUGCUCCUACACACAGAUUUCUACCUUUUCUUUCGUUUCCCUUCUAAGGAAUUGAGCACUCGUUUACGUUAAGCUCCACCGGGUUCUCUGUCCUGAUUUGUCAUGAUCAAGAAUCACACGGUGACACGACUGGUGUCUGGUUCAGAGCAGAUCCACAUCUUAGAGCCGGCGUUUUCAGUGUUACACGUAAAAAGAGCAAAGAACCGACGCUGACUUUCGGUCUGAAAUCAUGGAGCUCCAGUCUCCCUUUACCUGCUGAGCUGCUACACGCUUAGCGUAACAUGCAGCUUCUGCUAAAAGCAUGAUGGUCUACUUCGUCUAGGACGUGUGUGAGGUGUGCAUGUCGGUGUUAGUGAUCAAAGUUGUAGUGUGUGAAAUGUUCUGAGUGGUGAGUCUUGUGUGUGUGUGUAUAUGUAUGUGUGGUGGUGAGCAGAUUCGUGGUGUAAAUUUUUGAACAGUAUGCGAGACCUGCCGCAGACGCCGGAGGAAUUCGGAGGCGAAUUUUAAAUGCAAAAAAAUUCUCAAACUAUGAAACACGGCUUUUGUGCUAUGCUAGUAGCAUAAAAGAUGGCGUGAAAAAUGAUAUGUACAGUUGCUUUAUAAAGGACUUUUCUGUCUCUUUACGUCUACGGUCUGAUCCCGAGUCAAACCGAGGUGUUGUAAAAGUAUUACUACAGAAAAGUGUGUUAUAGUUUAUUCGGCUCAGUAUUUUCUGGAUGGAUGUUAAGCAAUAGUGUUUUCUAGCCUUUCUUUUUAUUUGGAAUAGUCAAGACCUGCUUUAUAUUAAGGUUCCUGUAACUGACAUUAUUUAUAGCAUGAGCUGGGUUUAUGGUAGCGUAGUGGUUAAGGUGUUGGACUAGUAAUCAGAAGGUUGUAGGUUCAAAUCCCCAGGCUGUUGCUGCUGGCUGUUUAACUUUUUAUUUGUAUAAAAUAAUGAAAUAAAAUAUAUGUCCCGCUGGAUAAGGGUGUCGUAAAUGUCAGUGUAGUUUAUCUUAUACCAUAGUAUUUUUUUUUUUUAAGCUUUCGAUUGUGUUUAGGCUUUUAAAGCAAGUCAUUCACAGGGAUCCUCCAAAGCUGAACCUAUUAAUAAACAGAUUAGAACAUAGAACCGUGAUAAACCCUAAAAAUGUUGGUAACUAAAGAGGAGUAAAGCACAACAAGGUGUGCAGUUAUUAGAAAAUAAUCAGCUUCAGGGAACAAAAAUUUAUUUAAAACAUAGUUGUGUAAUUUUUUUUUAUUUUUAAUGAUCUUUCAAAUACCUCAAGCUUGGACACUCCUGCUUUAAAAGAAAGCCUGGGCUGGCAUGCCGAGAGACACUGGAGCAUCUCUUCUAAGCAGACAAUUUUAUUUUAAGCAGCUAAACUAUGAGGAGAAUUUCCACCAGAUGUUACAAAAGAUGCUCCCAAAUUAAAAAAAAAAAAUCCCUGAUUGCACCUUUAAUGACGGCUGAUGCUGUAAAUAAAGUUGGUUGAUAGAACCUUGAUAUCGAGUCACCAAGGAUUCAUUACACAACACUAGUAAUGUACCUGAUGAUUACGCGCCAUAUCUAUCUAAAAUAAAUAUCCAAAAUACGCCGCAUGUAAAUGACUUUUUGGGUCAUGACGCAGCUGUGGCUCAUGAAUCAGAUCAGAUCGCUAGUAAUUCUGUCUUUCUGCCUGCUGUCAUCCCUUCAGGCUCAAUUUGGCUUGUAAUGAAACAUCCCAGGUGGUGCACCAGAGUGUGUUUUUGUAUGGAACGUGAUUUGUACUUCACGCCGAUCGUUUCACAUAUCGUACGCCGAGAUUCUUCCUGCAACAUCCUUUAACGGUGAGGAUCUUUAAUAAGAGGCACACAUCCCUUUUAAUUUUGUAAAUUUAAUAUAUAUUGCAAUGGGAUAUUUGAUGCUGUUAAGCGCAAUGGGAACACCAAGAAUGUGAAAUGCUGCUGCUUGCAAAAAAAAGAAAAGAAAACAAAAAUAGUCUCAGCUGUUACAUUUUCUAUUCGUGUUUUUUGAUGUAAUUGUGAAGUAUGAUCACUUUUACCUGAUGUUACCUGUAAAGAAGUGCAGCAGCAUUUGAAGAGAUGCAUUUCACUCAGCUUCACUGCUCCAUCAUGUUGUUAUCGUCUCUCGGUCGAGGUUUUGUGCUCUGAUUGUGGACCAUGUAUGUGCUCUCUCUCUCUCUCUCUCUCUCUCUCUCUGUGUUGUUCAGUCUGUUAUGAUGCCUGGCUGCAUCAGACCCUGAUCCAGUCAUCGUAUCGGUGUUUGGUGUUGACGUGAAAGUUUUAUUGUCUGUAUCACAUGAACAGUAUAUUUGCAAGGAAAGUUUAUUGUGGUUUUUUUGUUUUUUCCACUUGCCUGAUUUUUACUAAAGUGAUUAGAAGAAAAAGUGACAGCGGCGUAUCUCAGUCACUGAUCAUGAAAACUGCUUCAGUAAAUAAGGCCCUGGGUGUCUCAGCCUGAUGUUGAGAGAAUAUUAUUCUUGAUCUCCACAAGCAUUGGUGUGUAUCUGGUCUUUGGCUUGCACUAAACCCCGAGGCACAGUGAGGCAAUAGAUUAGCACUUCGCUGUAGAAGCCGAGCUUGUGGAUAAAGAGUAUUUUUUUAUUUUUUUGCACGUCUUAGUUUGUUUUAGCAAUCCUCAGCCACUUGCCUAUACAAUAUCAACAGUGCUUGUACAUAUUAUUAAAAAGUGCUUGUAAUAUGAACCUGAGUUCUUUUAUUGUUAUUUUUUUUAUUCAACAUGUUUUUGUAGUACUGCCUUUUCAUGAUUUCAGUUGUUGAUGGGGUAAUGUGUGGGAUAAAAUUGAAAGUGUUCAUUUUUUUAAAUAAACACACCUUAUUUGUA